UGAACUGUGUGUGUGUGUGUGUGUGUCACUGCAGUGCACUCGGGCAAGCCUUGUGUUCAGCUAGCACUCUCGUUUGUUCACGUCUUUCACUCUUCCGUUUCCUUUUGUCUGACAGGUGCAUUCGACUGUGCAUGGUUUCGCUAUAUUGCGCGUGCGUGCGUGCGUGCGUGCGUAUGUGUGUGUGUGUGUGUGUGUAUGUGUGUGUGUGUGUGUGUGUAUAUAUUGGGUCGUGUUGAAAGCUCGGGCGCUUAAAAAAGCUGUCACAAACAGAACAAACUCAGGCAGCUCAGUUCCUCGAGCUCUCAUUCCCGGUAAACUCACUCAGCCCUGCAGUGCUGCUGACUCCUGACUCCUGACUCGACUCUCUACCGACUCUCUCCUCACGGAUCCCACGCUCCAUCGAAGAAAGGAAGAAAGGGAAUCCAUUAAUUUAUCUCUUGACUCAGGAGAGCAAACAGCUGAUGUGUUCAAGUUCCACUGUCAGUUAUGGGAUAAAUGACUGGUAGCUUUUUCAACUUGUGAGACUUUAAGUGUCAAGAUGUGUGAUGUAGAAACUGAAGAGAAAAAGGUACUCCCAGAGUCCAUCACGGAGAGGGGGACAACACCUACGUGCUGCACUGUGGAAACGAAGGAGGAGGAUCACCAUGGCAGCCAUUCAGUGGAGGAGCAGCAGAAGACAGACGCAUACCAAGGGAAGCUUAAAAGAAAUCACAAGGCCAAAGGGAAACUAAUCAGGAGUGCAGCUGUGUGUGAUGAUGCUUCACCCACUGAAUCAAGCAGCAAGGAGUCUAAGGGUGAAAGUUCACUGACAGCCGACACUUCAGAGUGUGUCGAAGAGCAGCAGGAGAAAUGCAAUGAUGGCAACAGCAUGAAAAAACCAAGCUUAUCAAAAGAAUCAAGUCUGGAGUACACAGACUCAACAGGCAUUGAUCUGGAAGAGUUUCUGAUUACUACUCUAAAGAGCAGCCCCAGGGACAGAUUGAUGCUGCUGAAACUGGAGCAAGACAUGACUGACUUUAUGACAGACAACUACUCUUAUAAGAAGUUUCCUCAGAUGUCAUCCUAUCACAGGAUGCUGGUUCACAGAGUUGCGGCGUAUUUUGGACUAGAACACAAUGUGGAUCACAGUGGAAAAGCUGUCAUUAUCAACAAAGCCAGCAACUCCAGGAUACCAGAGCAACGGUUUGCUGAACAUGUCCAGGAGGAGAGAACCGAAGAAAAAAGGUCAAUUCUAAAGAGAGACAACAGCCAGGAGAAGGAGGACAGUCAGCUGAGGAUGCCACGGCUGAAGGAGCAAAUGAGGAGCAAGUCUUUCGAGGAGAGAGAAGAAGAGUAUCAGAAAGCCAGAGAGCGAAUCUUCUCUCAGGAUUCAUCCUGUCCUGCUCACAGUGUUUACAUUGAGACCAGAGGUCCAGAGGACUGCUGUAAUAUGUACAGUGAGACGCAACAGAGGAGACAGCUCUUUAGGGGUACCAGGGAUGGUUCAGGCCGGCUGUCAGGCAGCAGACAGAGCAGCUUUGAGCUGGAUUGUCACUGGAAUGACCCUCGACCCUGGAGCAGCACUGACUCAGACAGUUCCACCUGGAGCUCUAAACCCACACACACACACUCAGACAACAAUCCCAAACUCUGCAAGCCAGGUACAAGAAAUACUUUAUCCACAAUGUGCCCCAAUUUUAAAGGAACUAAUUCAACAUAUAAUAAUAGUAUUAUAAUGAAGCAUAUUUUUUUUAUUGUUCCAGUGACAGAACCUGCAGCUAGUAACAGUUCUGCCUAUGUUCUGGUGCCAGCAGAAUCCUCCAUACUUCCUGGGACUAUCCUGCUCAACCCAAACACGGGACAGCCAUAUUUGAAUCCUGAUGGAACUCCAGCUGUUUACAAUCCACCAGUGAGCCAGCAGCCGCUGAGCAAUCAGCUAAACACAAUGCAGCCACAGGCCCCGCCCCCUCCCCAGCCACAGCAGCAACCAGUGAUGAGCCAUUCUCUUCCACAGGUUCAGUACUCGUCUAUGACGUACCUUCCUCCACAGCAAGUGUUAACGGUCUCUCCCUCACAGUUCCACACCCCAGAGCAGAGUAGGGACGACCUUUCAUCUCAGUUCAGUCACAUGACAUUAAACCAACAGUCUUUAGGUGAAACAUCAGACAUGUCCACCUACUACCUGCAUGGAGCGCCGCCCACACACAGCUACACACAACCCCAACAGAAUUAUGCCCAGCCCUACCCUGCAGAUAACUAUAUGAGCUCAGGAAUGACCCUGGCUAUGCCUACAGCCUCGCCCACACAAACCUGUGGCCAACAGAGCAAUCAGACCCCCAUGUAUAGUUAUCCUGGUCAGUGUGCCAACACACCUCAACAGUACGGACCAGCCAGUUACAACACACAGAUGGGUACAGGAUAUGCUGCUCUCUUAACCAGUCAGCAACAAGCUUACUCAAACAUGGUGGGAGCUCAGGUAUUACCACAAACACAGAAGAGCAUCAUGGGCUCCUACCCUUCCACAUCAUCCUAUCAGAUGGCCCCACCGUUGCAAUCCUACCCCUCUACAGUGUUAGUCUCCAGGCAGGCUGGGCACAAUCAGAGCACAGGGCCUUCAGCUGGAGUGUCGGUUUACUGCAACCCUCUGAAUCAUUCUCCACCUCCACCUCUCAGUGUCGGCAUCACCUGCCAAUCAGCCGGCUGCAGAAAUACAUGCAGUAGAACCCAGAACCAGUGUUGGUACUAACACAUACACACACACAAAAAUAUAGCAUACUUUAGAGGAGGGUCUGAGAACCAUGAUGCAGGUGAACUGUAGCCUUGGUAUUUUACCAGAGAAACGUCUCUUUAUUUAUCUCUCUCACAAACACACACAGAUAUAUAAGCACCAGAAAGAACCAGUAUUUUUUUACUCACCAGCUGCACACUAUGGUGUUUGUUUAAGUGUCAAUCACUCCGUAGCACAACCUCCAUUCAGAGCAGCAGCACAGUGCGGGCACGUCCAGCCUUUUCUGUUUUCCGCAUGCUGUUUGAUUGGAAGAAUUCUUUUACAUACACUGACAUGUGUGAAUAUUUUGUGCCAGUUGCGUCAGAAAUGCUGUGUUUAUUUGCAUUUACCUCUACUACGGCAUACAAAUGUAUAAUAAUGUGGUUAUUAAUAUUAUAAUAAAAUAGUUAUUCCAUAUCAUGAAUAAAACUCAUUUUUACUUCUACUUUCAA